GGGACCGGGAUCUCACACAGUGUCGGAGCGGGAAGAGGAACCAAGGAACCGCGCUUUACAGGUGUCGGGGGAAGCCAGAAGCGCUGCCCAGGCCCCGGGGAGCCAAGGGAGGGCGCUACGGCAGCAGCACCCGAGCACCGGCAGCGGGGCCGGGCAGCGCCACAGCCGCUCCCUGCUCCGCUCCAGGCAGCGGCGGAGGGGGGGCGGGUCCGGCCCAGGAAGUGACGCCGCCCUGCACCCCCCCGCGGCACACCUGACUCACCUGGGCGGGCGGCGGUGGCGGCGGUGCCGGUCGGUCUGUCGGCGGCCGAGGAGCAGCAGCAGCAUGGCGAGGGAGAAUGUCGUCUCCCCGUGGGCCAUGGGACUGCUGAAAACCUUCGAGGAGAGCGAGUUCGGCAGCUGGGAGAAGAUCGGCUCGGGGGGGUUCGGGCAGGUGUACAAGGUGCGGCACCUCCACUGGAAGACAUGGCUCGCCAUCAAGUGUUCGCCCAGCCUUCAUGUGGAUGAGAAGGAGCGCAUGGAGUUAUUGGAAGAAGCGAGGAAGAUGGAAAUGGCAAAGUUUCGCUACAUCCUUCCUGUUUACGGCAUCUGUAAAGAGCCAGUUGGCUUGGUCAUGGAAUACAUGGAAACGGGAUCCCUGGAAAAGCUUCUGGCUUCCGAACCUCUGCCCUGGGAAUUGCGCUUCCGCAUCAUCCAUGAGACAGCUGUGGGGAUGAACUUCUUGCACUGCAUGUCUCCUCCGCUGCUCCACCUGGACCUCAAGCCUGCAAACAUCCUGCUUGAUGCCCACUACCAUGUUAAGAUUUCUGACUUUGGACUUGCAAAGUGCAAUGGCUUGUCCCAUUCUCAUGACAUCAGCAUGGAUGGCUUGUGUGGCACAAUCGCAUACCUUCCCCCAGAGCGCAUCAAGGAGAAAAACAGGUGUUUUGACACCAAACAUGAUGUGUACAGCUUUUCCAUUGUGGUUUGGGGAGUUCUUACUCAGAAGAAGCCUUUCGCAGAGGAAAACAACAUUUUGCAUAUUAUGGUAAAAGUAGUUAAAGGCCACCGCCCAGAGCUACCUGCUGUUUCCAAAUCCAGACCUCAUUCAUGUAAUAACUUGAUCAAACUGAUGCAAAAAUGUUGGCAAGAUGAUCCUGGUGAACGGCCAACUUUUAAAGAAAUCACUUCAGAAACAGAGGCUCUUUGUGAAAAACCAGAAGAUGAAAUGAAAGAGAUGGUAACUCAGGACCUGGACACCAAGAAUUCCCCAGAGCAGCAGCCUGAGGGGAUUUCUGCAUUAUCCAAGACAAAACAGGAGCCUGAUCUACCACUAGUUAAGGAUUACAGUCUGUCAGAGUUGUUGUCCCAGCUGGAUUCAGGGAUUUCACAGACUAUGGAAGGCCCUGAGGAUCUCAGCCGCAGCUGUUCAGAGUCCAAACUUGCCUCCAGUGACAAGCGGCUUUCAGGAGUUUCAUCUGUAGAUUCAGCUUUUUCAUCCAGAGGCUCCCUUUCCCUUUCCUUUGAAAGGGAGAGUUCAGAUAUUGGUACUACAGACAUCCAGAAGAGGAAGCUAACAGAGGCCAUUUUAUCUGGAGACACCAGCAAGCUAAUGAAGAUCCUCCAGCCUCAAGAUGUUGAUAUUGUUUUAGAUGGGAACUCCAGUCUUUUGCACCUGGCUGUUGAAGCUGGUCAAGAAGAAUGUGUCAAAUGGCUCCUCCUGUACAAUGCUAAUCCUAACCUUACCAACAAGAAGGGAUCCACCCCUCUUCACAUAGCCAUUGAGAAGAAAUUUAAAAGCAUUGUGGAGCUGAUUAUGGCUAGGAAAAUCAAUGUUAAUGCCAAAGAUGAGGAUCAGUGGACUGCUCUUCACUUUGCUGCCCAAAAUGGGGAUGAUUUCAGCACCAAAAUGCUGCUUGAUAAGAAUGCAUCCUUAAAUGAGGUAGAUUUUGAAGGCAGAGCCCCCAUCCAUAUAGCCUGUCAGUAUGGCCAAGAGAAUAUUGUGCGGAUCCUGCUGCGAAGAGGUGUUAACGUGAACAUCAAAGGAAAGGAUGACUGGGUGCCACUGCACUAUGCUGCCUGGCAAGGUCAUCUCCCCAUUGUAAAGCUUCUGGCCAAACAGCGGGGUGCAAAUGUGAACGUGCAGACUGUGGAUGGAAGGACCUCACUACACUUAGCUGCUCAACGAGGACACUACCGUGUCGCUCGCCUUCUUAUAGACCUGGAGUCGGAUGUCAACAUUCAGAAUGGGCUCUUGCAGACUGCUCUCCACAUUGCUGCUGAAACAGGCCACACAAGCACAUCGAGGCUGCUCCUUAAGCAUGGUGCAGACAUUGAGGCAGCAACAGCGGAAGGAUACACUGCACUGCACUUGGCAUCUCGCAGUGGCCAUUUAGCAACGACAAAGCUGCUUGUAGAUGAAAGGGCCAGUGUUUUAGCCAGGGGCCCUUUAAAUAGGACAGCAUUACAUCUUGCUGCAGAAAACGGGCACUCUGAAGUAGUAGAGGAACUUGUCAGUUCAGAAAAUAUCAGUGUUUCUGACAGUGAAGGGUUGACAGCUCUUCACCUGGCUGCACAAGGAGGGCACACAAAAACAGUUGAGGUUCUUCUGAAGCAUGGGGCAUACGCUGACAUGCAAAGACCCACAUGUCAGACCCUGCUACAGCUUGCUCAGCAGGGCAGUAGUAGUUCAGUUACUGUGUUGCUAAGUGAGACUUAAACAAAAGGGACAGAACUUGCUACCUUUCUACCUGGUGCAAGAGGGUUGCUGGAGCUUGAUGCAAGGGCCUUCUCCAGUUGUGCACUGACCCACUCGUCAGCAUGUCAGCUGAUGGACUGAGGUGGAACCAGCAGAACCUACUCGUGUCUGAGUGUGCAAGUGAGAGCACACAUGGACUAAGACUGGAUGUAAGGCUAAGAGCCAGAGUCUGCCAUACUGUGGUCUGUAUCAGUCAUUCUGCGUGUGCCUGCCUGUCUGUAUAUUGACAUUCCUCUCCCAAGGAUGUUGUGAGAGAAGGAUGCAACUUGUGGGUUUCUCCAUGCUUUUUUUUUUUUUUUUUCCAUGUGCCAAACUAAUUUAAGAGCUAACAUUCUGCUUUUUUAUUUUUCUGA